GUAAAGAAAGCUUAUGGGAGUUGGUUUGUUGCCUGUGUUGUGCGUAAUGGGCGCAUUGUUACACCUGUGAUAGCUUCUAUUUCACUAAUAUGGAGUAUUUAAUUUUUUACCCAUCAAGUGUUGUGAAUACGUUGUGAUAUAUGUGUUGAACAAGGGAUUUUUUUGAAAUUGUGCUUUUUCGAACGUUUAGAAAAUGCUACGAUUUCUCAGCAAACGUUUCAGCCGCUCCACGCGAGGAGCCAAAAGUCGGGGUAACGACAGCAAAACACUUACCAAGCCUGGGAAAAACAUUUUGCCUUGUAAAAUUAUUUUACUGGAUGGAUCAGACUUAUCAGUCGAUGUACAUAAGAAAGACCUAGGUAGUGCCUUGUAUGAACAAGUGUUCUAUCACAUAGAUCUGACAGAGAAAGAUUAUUUUGGUUUGCAAUUUACAGAUGCCAAUCAUGUUCAGCACUGGCUAGAUCCUACUAAACUUAUCAAAAAGCAAGUUAAAAUUGGUCCUCCAUACACAUUUCGAAUUAGGGUUAAAUUUUAUUCAUCUGAACCAAAUUCAUUAAGGGAAGAGUUAACAAGGUAUUUAUUUUUCCUACAAUUGAAACAGGAUAUUAUUUCUGAAAGAUUACCUGUUCCAUAUCAAACUGCUGUAGAGCUUGCUGCUUUUUCUUUACAAUCUGAGCUUGGGGAUUAUGAUCCAGCACAACACACACCUGGUUUUGUGUCUGAGUUUCAUUUUGUUCCUGAUCAGACAGAAGAAAUGGAAGUUGAUAUCUUAAAUGCAUACAAAACUUGCAAGGGUUUAACACCAGCUCAAGCAGAAUUAAAUUAUUUGAAUAAAGCAAAAUGGCUUGAAAUGUAUGGUGUGGAUAUGCACAUUGUUUUAGGUAAAGAUAGCCAAGAGUAUUCUUUGGGCCUUACACCAACUGGUAUUCUAGUCUUUGAAAACACAACAAAAAUUGGUUUAUUCUUUUGGCCCAAAAUUACUAGAUUAGACUUCAAAUCAAAAAAACUCACCCUUGUAGUAGUUGAAGAUGAUGAUGAUGGAAGAGAGCAGGAGCACACUUUUGUGUUUAGAUUGCAUAACCAAAAGGCCUGUAAACAUCUAUGGAAGUGUGCAGUAGAGCACCAUGCAUUUUUCCGACUAAAAGGCGGCCAAAAACAGCCUUCUGGGCGACAGAAUUUCUUCCGAAUGGGUUCAAGAUUCCGUUACAGUGGAAAAACUGAAUACCAGACUACACAGAACAGAGCCAGAAGAACUGUCCAGUUUGAUCGCCGUCCCAGUCAGCGCUAUUCUCGCAGGCCAACACAUGAUCGAAGAAGAGACCGGGAGAGAGACAGAGAGAUAACAGAUGAGCUGGCUGAGGCCAGAAGAAAUGAGGACAGAGCAUUGAGUGCUCUUCCCCUUUCACCAGUCACAUCAGCAGGGGCAUCUACAACUGUAGUAGCCAAGACAGCUCCAGCCGCAGUUGCUUCAGCUGAUACACUGACAGAAGUUACUGUUUCACCACAACCGUCCACCUCUUCGGAUGUUUCUAAGCCGUUCAUCGCAUUACCUAAUGGAAGUGUGAAAGAAACGGCGGAAGACCGCUUAGACAAUUUAAUUAAAUCCUUGAGUAAAAAUAAGCCGUCCAUUGAAAGUACCGAAGUGAAUAAUGAACUGACUUCUUUAACUAUCAAAAAGAAAGAUGUUGAUUCCGUAGAUUCCGCAGAAGUUGAUGAAGUUUCUCUGCUCAAAAAGAAUGUCGAGCCCAUACCAUCUACUACCUUAUCACUGGGAGUAAGUGGUAUGAAUAAAGAUACCAAUACUUUGAAAAAUAACCAAAUGAAAAUCUCUGGUGGUGCAAAACCGAUUCCAGCUGAUCAGAUGAAGUGCAACAUUUUGAAAGCCAAAAUGGAAGAAGAAAACAAAAAGCUUCCAAGUGAAAAAGCACCAGUUCCAUUACUUGUUGAUUUGCAAAAUGAAAAAGUAAUAAUUGAAGACAGUCGGGAGAAGUUAAAGCCUGCUACACUACAUUUAAAUGGGGAUUUGACGAGGAAAGUAUCAUUCAGUGAUGGUAGUGAAAAUGAACCUUCUUCUCCAGUUGUUGUGUCCAUUCCAAACAAAUUACCAGCAAAACCAACACCACCUCCUAGAAGAGUUGCUUUGCCUUUAGAACCCUUAAAAUCUGAUUUCCAAAUUGAAGAUACAACUCCCUCUCUCUUACCUAUCUCUACAUCUACCUUUUCUCCUUCAUCUAUUUCUGCCGCCGCAGCUACUGAAUCAACUCCACACUUAAAUGGCACCACUCUCAUUAACAUGCCUAGUCCUCCUAAACUAACGCCUCACAAAUCUGCUGAACUCACUAAACUUCUUGAGGAUGCUGUUCAGCAAAUGAAAUUCAUGCACCUCUCUACUAUCCCUGAUACUAACAAUGGUAUUAGCAAUGGUGUAAUUUCUACUGAUAACUCUCCUACUCUAACUGUUCCACUAACUGGAACUCUUGCGUCAUGCAAAGUUGCCAUUGUAGAAGAGUCGGAGAAACAAGAUGAAAAGGAGAAGCCACGUGUUGUGACCGAAACGUCGUUUGCUGGAGCACACCCGAUAACACGAUCUGUGUCUUCAGCCAGCAAUCGUGAUAUUUCCGUCCAAGCAGUGAUGAGAGUUCCUUCCAAUGCGUCUGCACAGCUUUCGCCCUGGCACGUUGAUACCCCUAACGGAAUAACCACCCAAGAAAAACCUACUACGAUACGUCGCACUGUGAUGACCACGGAACUUUGAUGACUUUUGACUUCUAUAUUUAUGCAGAUGAGAGUGAUUGUUUUUGUGACCUUGACAGACUAAGAGUAAUUCAAUAUUCUGACAAUGUUUAGAGUUCAAAAAAAGAAGUCUAAGUGUAUGUUACACAAUAUUGUGCAGCUGAAACUUCGAAGACGUUGUAAACAUGCUUGCAUAUGUGAUCUAUUUGCUAGUUGUGCCUUAGUAUGUAUGUGUAUGUGUACUACUUGUUUCUAUAACUUCGUCUAACGUUUUAAAAAAAUUAGUGAAAAUUUGAAAGUUGCAUUAUAGUAUUGAAUCAGUUACUCUGAAGCGUUGAAAGAAAGUCUUAUAUUUUCAGUUUUGAACCCAGCAAGUUUUUGUUUCACUUAGAAAUUCGUCAUUAAUCAAAAAUAUAGUGCAUUGCUUGUUUCAUAUCUGCAGUUUUUUGGUGUUUAUAUCAAACUGAGAUGAUAUUGUAAUCAACAGAAUAUAUGUAGUGAUAAAAUCAUUUGAUCAGAAUUUAGUUGAUUUCUUUGAAUCAUAUUCAAUUUUUUGUAAUCAGAAAAGUAUUUGAAAAACAAAAGUAGCACAGUAAAUUCCCGAUUAUCUGCGAGUCGUUGGACAAUCAGGAACAUGUAUUUUUGCAUUAAAAAGUAAAUACCAAUGUCUGUUUUGUCUAUAAAUUUUAAAUUUAAACUCAGUUGGGGUUUUCUUUGCUUUUUUUCAUCGUUAAUACACUUGUUACUUCCUUUUACAAAAAAAGAAGUAUUGUAUUCGCAAAAAUAUUUUCACUCAAAAAUCGGCCUUAAUUUCCAUUUUGCCCACCCCCGAAUGAAUAUUGAUUUUUUUUCAACCUGACCACACCUGUUUACAUGCCUAAGAACGUAUAGACACCUGAAGAAACCAUUUUGACGAUCCCCGAGUAAAUUACAACUAGUUUUCUCGUGACGUCCGUAUGUACAUAUGUAUGUGUGUAUGUAUCUCGCAUAACUCAAAAAUGCUAUGUCCUAGAAAAUUGAAAUUUGGCACAUAGAUUCCAAGUGGGGUCUAGUUGUGCACUUUCUCUUUUGGUUGCAUUCGGGUGUUCCAAAGGGGGUCUUUUACACCUUUUUGGGGUAAAAUCAUUGUUAAUUUCAAUGUAAACUCAAGCGGUGCUAUAAUUUGGCAAACUCUUGGCAGAAUAUCGCCAAGCUUUUGGUCGCCAAGUUUUGUCGAAAACGGUCGCCAAGUUUUGUCGAAAACUUGGCAACAACUUUGGCAGUUUUUUUUUUUUUUUUUUUUUUUUUUAUUAUUAUUUUUUUUUUAAUCUGGUUUUCAUUUGGCCACAUUUAGAGAGUUAACCAUUGAAUCACAUUAAAACUGCCAAUAUUGGGAAAAUUUAUCUGUAUAAAACGUUUUCUUUUCUUUGGUUCGCAACAGACUUGAAAUGAAAGUAUUUAAAGGGUUUCUUUGCUUACUCCGAGGCACUAUUAUCUCUAAAUUGGAGUAAAAGGAAGUCAUGUGAUGCACACAUCAGCUCGUUCUUUUUUCAUAAGUUCUGUUGUGCAAAAAUCCAAAACAUCGUACUGUACUGUAUAUAUUUCACUGUUUGAAGAAAGUAAUAUGCAUCAAUACAGCUACAUUUUUGAGAAAGGACAAUUUUUACCUGACUCGUUCCCUUACUCGUUCGUUUUAACCUUUUUGCUGCUUAUCCGCGAUUUUUAUUAUCCACAGCACUUGUGCCACCCAACUCCGCCGAAAAUCGGGAGUUAAUGUAAUAAAAUUCAUUGUUCAAGCAUUUAAAUCAGGUUUGCUCUUUUUAACUGUCAUUAAAAAUCAUUAAUUUGACAUAAAGAGAAGUGAUGUAAAUUUUAUUGCAAUUUUAUGUAAACUAUUGUAAAUAAAUGUUUUUGCUUGUUUUAAGAUGUGAUACUUAAUGUUUUGAAAAAAAAUAACUUCAAAAGAUUUUGAUUAGAUUAAAACUUAUCAAAACUCUUAAAACUAUGACUUUGAAAAGAUAGUUUGUUUAAUAGAUAUCACACUUAUCACUGUCAGUUUUUGGAAAAUUGAAGUUAUACUAAAGUAGGUAAUUAACAAUGGGUGAAUGAAAGUUUUUUAUUCAUUUAUUCUGUUGAGAAUAAACGAUAUUUUACCUCUCCAUAUAAAAUGUAGAUUAACAGCUUGAAUAAUACUCCUAAAAAAAUAGUAUUCAUCUUUUGAAGAAAAAUAUUUUUCUGAACUUUAAACAGUAUGAUACAUGCAAGCCACUUUUAGAAUGUUUUCUGCUAUUUCACAAAAUUAUUGUAUUUGAUUAUUAACAGUCAAAUACGGAUGUUGCUUGGACCAGAUGUUGUUUUUAAAAAGAGCAAUGGUGUCGAAACGUUUUUUAAAUAUAUCUAAUGUCAAAAUGGUUAACAUGAUAUUUCCAGCAAUGUCAGUUCAUUAACAGUUCAAAUUUUGAAAACCUUUUACUAUCAUAUUUUGCCCUACUGGGUUGACAUUUCAUUAUUUUUAGGGAGUUGUCAUUUAUCGAAGUUGUUAACUGCCUUAAUAAAUUCAAUGUAGAGCUUUGCAAAAGAUUUACUUCAGGUAUAUGGUAUUUUCAUAAACCACUUAUACAUUUUUUCAUUCCGUCCAUUUUUUCUCCUGAGGUAUCAAGGAUUAUUAUAAAGUGCUUUUUGCAAUUUAAUCACUGAGGAUUUAUAUGGUUUAAUGUGUCAGAUAUUUCAUGACUGCAGCUUUAAAUUAAAAAGUUUUUCUCAUUAUUAUCAAGUUUUUAUAUAUGCUGUUGCCAUCUUGGGCAACUUUUUUUAAGCUAUGAUAUAAAGAUAUAUUCAAAAUAAUUUUACUAUUCAGUUUUUUCCUCGGUUCUACUUUUAAACCACUUUGUCUAUUCUUUAUAUAUAUUUAUAUAUAUAACUGAAAAAUAUUUUUUCUCUUUUUUUUUACUUAAGUCGUUUCCAACUCUAUUUGAAAAUAGAGUAUAUUGGACAACGAUCGGUCAUUUAAAACUAGUAAUGAAUGCUUCUUCAAAGCAUAUUCUAUUAAUUUUAACAUCUGGAUGCUUUGAAUGAAGUAUUUUUCUAUUUAACUUUCUUAAUAAAAGAUUAUAUUCUUAAAAACUGCUUAAGGCUUUCACAGCCGGCGUCAGUAAGCCCGGAAACGUUUUCUCUCCAUAUUAUAUUCUUAUUUACUAAAAUGAAGGAUUUGAACACUGAACAUUCUUUUCUUAUGUAAUUAUUUUCCCCCUGUUCAAAAAAAUGUAUCUUUUUUUUUCUUUUUCACUGCAAAACAAUGUUCCUUCUUUUGCUUUAAAUUAUGAUACAACUAGUAAUUUAUUUUAUUGCCACAAAACAUAUUUGAUGGGUGCUUCUUUUUUUUCUUACAGCAUUCAGUACCAAUGAAAUCCUUUUUCUUUUACUCUAGCAAAGAGGUUUUCCUGGAAUCUCUUGAUACUAAAUGUUGUAUCUUCUAUUGACUUAAAAGAAACUUGCUUUAUUUUAAUGAAGGCAACUGUUUUUGUAGCUAAUCCUUAAAUUGUGUGGUUCUACUACUAAAUUAUUCAGAUUUCAUCUGAAACUAAUGCGGGAGUUUGACUUAAAGGAAGGACAUAACUUAAAAUUGUGUUACAUGUCAACAUCUGCCAUCCAGUUACUGUACUAUGACCAAUGUAACCUAAACAUGACAGACAUCUUUUUAAAAAAAAAAUUUUUACAAGUGCAGAUGUCAUAAAAUUUCAAAUCAUUUUAGUGUCAGUGCUCACAGUUAUUAAAAGAAAUAUAUUUGAAUGUGACUUGCUUCUUUAGCAACUACAGAAUUCCAUAGGAGUUCAGGGGUAUGUAUCUGAAGUUUUGAUUUGUUCUAAUUUAAAAUUUAUGAUCUAAACAUUUUCACUUUUUUGAAGAUAUUUUAUCCCCUUCAAUCACAAUCACAGAAAUAACAUUUCAUUGCUACUCAUUUCAUUAUUUUUUUAGCUCUAAUGUUUUAAUAUAAAAUUUUAAUUUUUUAUUUUUAAUUCAGGAUAUUUCUCAAACAUUGCAUCUAAGAUCAAGUGUAAAAAAUUGUGGACAAAAUGCUAGUUUCUUUGUAAAAGCUGUAAAUUUGCUUCCUUUUGUGAAAAUUGUAAAUUUUUAUACUUUACCCCCACUGUGCCAAGUUAAUUUUCUUAUUUGCCAUAUGUGAUUCGAUGUUUUUUGCGAAAGUUGUUCAGUUUUGUUGCUCUACUACUGUGUAGUGCCUCUCAAUUGCUUGAGAAAGUUUUGUAUAUUGUAUUUUGUAAUUAGAGCUAUUAGCAAUGGUUUGUAUAACAUUCUAGAAUUUUCUUAAUUGAAUAAAGUACAAUAAAA